AUGUUGCGGCAGAAGCGGUUGGCCAAGGAGUAUGCCAUGUUGCAGCAGGACCCGCCACCAGGGGUUCUGGUUUGGACAACUGGUCAGGUUGAUACAGAGGCUCGGUCGACGGCAACGGGCGGCGAUGGUAGCCACAGCACGGCCCCUGCCGAGCGUCUGGAUCAGCUCACGGCUCAGAUCACGGGACCGGCAGAUUCUCCCUAUCGCAAUGGCGUCUUCAAGCUCGAGAUCAAGGUUCCAGACAUGUACCCCUUGCAGCCACCACAAGUCCGCUUUCUCACCCGGGUCUACCACCCCAACAUUGACCGCGCCGGUCGCAUCUGCCUCGAUCUGCUCAAGAUGCCGCCCAAGGGUUCCUGGGGUCCGGCCAGCAACCUCGCCACCCUCCUCACCUCCCUCCGCGUCCCCCCCCCCCCCCCCCUCUCUCUCUCUUUGCCCGUGCACUCGCCCACUCACCCACUCACGAACCACCAAUGCUGA